AUGCAGACCACCAGGGCCUCGAUGGCCCUUAAGCAGCCAAUUCGUCUUAUGCCUGGUGUGCCAGUGCGCCUGCCAAUUGGCUGCUUGCGGACCCGGCCGACCCUCCGUCCGUUAAACGCGGCUGCGCCGGUGGAGGAAGUCCAGUAUGAGGAGACGUUUACGAUUGAAUCAGAGGAGCCGAACACGAAGGCAUUCCCAUAUCCAUUGCCAAAGGACUCGGGUCAACAGCUUUUGUCCAGCAUCCCCUUGAUGCUACUGUAUCCCGGCUUCCUGGCUGCUGUCGCAGCAGCCGGUUAUGGUGGCUCGCUUCUGGGUCGUGCUGCACCGGUUGACCCAAGCGCCAAGGAUGUGGCCGCGUACGGCACUGCGGCCGUGGCAGCCGCCGCCGUGGCAUACGGCUGCGUGCAGGCGAAGCGCAAGCGCGACUCUGCGGCGGUUGUGGACCUGUACAACGCCCUCGUGGAUUUGCCGGACGCAACCGACCUCACGCCGGAGACCGUCUCAGACGUUGGAUCCAAGUACGGCAUCAACUUCCAAAAGGACGAGCUUGACGGUCUGAAGCGUAUCUACGGGCAGUACCUGGAGAGCGUCAUUCCAGUCGGCGACGUGCAGCUCAAGGGCGAUGAGGCUGCCAAGGUGGCUGCAUUCAAGGACAUUCUGGGUCUGGCUGACGAGGACGCGGCCCCGGUGCAUAUAGAGGUCGGCCGCCGCUUUAUGCGCGAGGGCUUCGAGACCAAGGACCGCAACGCCGUCUUUGAGAAGCGCAAGGCCUUCCAGCGGCUGAUCUACGUGUCCCAGGUUGUGUUUGGCGAUCAGAAGGCCGCGUUCCUGCUGCCCUGGAGGAGGACAUUCAACCUCAAUGACGCGCAGAUCUUUGUAGCUCGACGUGACAAUGCGCGGGCCAUCUUCAGGCAGUACCUGGAGGCGCGCGGCGGAAUGCUGCCGGCGGAUAGGCACGUCCUUCGUGAGCUUCGUGAGAAGCAGACGGCCAUCAAGCUGAUGGAUGAGACGGCGGCGGAGGUGGUCCGUGAUGCAGCACGCCGCACCAUCGAGUCCCACCUGACUCGGGCCAUCGAGGUGGCCAAGUCCACAGGUAAAGAGCUGACGUGUGCGGGCAAGGCCCGCGACAUUACGUUGCUGGUUGAGGAGGUGGAUGCCGUACUGGAGUACGACCGCAAGCUCGUCAAAUACGGCAGUGAGGACGAUCUUGUGGCGGGUCUGGGCAUGGUGACUUUGCACGGUGGGGCUCUGGACGGCGAGGGCCGCACCCGGGACCUCAAGGACGUGUUCAGGCUGUACCUGGAGGAGAAGCUCAACCGCGCGGGUGAGUUCAGCGCCCAGAUGGAUGCGGAUGCGGCCGAGCUGGCCACCAUCAUGUGCAUGGGGGCCAAGGAGACUCAGGCGCUGAGGGACGAGGUAUCUGCUAAGCUCUACCGCAGGCUGCUCAAGGAGGAGGUCACCAGCGGCCGUCUUGACUCCGCCACCAGCCCUGCCAGCGUGCUCCAGUCUCUGUGUGACAAGGUGCGGUUCCGGCCCGAGGCGGCUCUGGAGCUGCACCGGCAGCUGUACAAGGCCAAGCUGAGUGCCCUGCUGGAGGCGAGGAGGGGCCACGGGGGCCUCACAGAUGGGGACGUGGAGGACCUGAAGCGCAUCCGCCGCAUCCUGUGCCUGCCGGCGGACGUGGCCAAGAAGGUAAUGCGUGAGACUGCGGGUCGUGAGUUUGAGGAGCUGGUUGGUGAGAUCUACCUGGCGGGUGCCAAGCCGCUUGGCAGCUACGAGGCUGAGCGGGUGGACCGGGCGCUGAAGGAGCUGAGACUGGACAGCGAUGUGGCGGUGGAGGUUAUGGCACAGAUCACGCGCGAGCGCUUCCGGUCUUACGUCACUCAGGCGCAGCGUGAGGGCAGUCGCGACCGGCGGGAUUUCGCUGCCUCCGUCAAGAAGCUGCUGCAGUUCAAUGCGCUGAUGGUGACGCCGCUGCUGGAGCGAGUAAAGGGGGUGGAUGCGGCGAAGAAGGAGCUGGCAGAGAUGCUGCUGAAGGCGGCUGAGGAGGCCAAGAAGGAGGAGGCCGCUGAGGCCGCUGCUUCCGGUGCUCCCGCCCCCCCCCCUCAGUCCACUGAGGAUGCCGUCACGCAGGUCCGCAAGGCCAUUCAAGCCAACCGCGGCGAGUUCAGUGAGGAGGAACGUAAGGCCCAAAAGGAAAUUACGCUCAAGGAUGAUUUGGAGCCCGCUAUGCGUUCCGAAAUCUACAAGAACUACCUGAUGUACAGCAUGAGUGGCGAGGUGGUGGAGCUGCCGGUGGGCGGUGUCAUCCGGAAGAAGUCCAGUGCACAGGCGCGACAGGCGGAGAUGACUCGUCUGCAGGCCCUGGCUGACGUGUUGGGUAUGAGCGGUGCUGAGGUGAUGUCGGCGCAGUCGGAUCUCGCAGAGCAGGCCUACAAGGCGCAAGCCUCCGAGGUCAUGCGCACGGGUCCGCUGAACGAGGAGAAGAUCCAGUACCUCGAGGAGAUGCGGUCGCAGCUGGGUCUUAGCAAGGAGGUAGGCGACAAGGUGCUCAAGGCUGCCCGUACGGAAGUGUACGGCAGCUCUUCGGCCGCUGAGGACGGCAAGUGGACUGUUGACCGGGUUUUGGAGCUCCACAAGAGCGGUGGCAAUGUUGAGAACCUGAUGGAGGAGGUGACGAGGAGGAAUCUGUUCCGCCGGGAGAUUAUCAAGAAGGUCACGGACGGCUCGGGCGACGCCGACUCGAAGCACUUCCUGCAUACCCUGCCCGCGGCGCUGGCACUGCCAGCCAACAAGGUCCGUCUGAUCGUGAAGGAGGAGGUGUCCACCCGCAAGCGCAUGUUGCUGGUGCAGGCGGUGUCGCAGUUCCGACAGCGGCGAGUCAACGAGGCGGUCACCUCGCUCCAAAACCUGCUCAGCUGCGUGGCGCUGAUGCCGGAGGAGGGGGCCAUCCCCUGGAAGGAGCGCGGGGAGCUGCAGGAGGUGUACGGGCUGUACUGCGCAAAGGAGGACUCGGCCUCCAAGCGGUCCACGUUGCAGUCCGUGUUGGGACUGAGCGAGGAGGAGGCGGUGGAGAUUGCCGCCACCGCCUCCGUGGACUCGGCCGGAAAGAAGAAGGCCACCACCGGGACGUUCACGGACGACGACGACGACUCGUCCUUCUUUUGA